AUGGCUGAGAUCGACCCCUUCGACUCGGCGCUCGACCUCCUGCGGCGCCUCAACCCCAAGCACACAGCCUCGCACCUCAACGCCAUCAUCUCCCUGGCGCCCGACCUCACAGAAGACCUGCUCUCCUCGGUCGACCAGCCGCUCACGGUGCGGCGGUGCAAGCAGUCGGGCCGCGAGUACCUCCUCUGCGACUACAACCGCGACGGCGACAGCUACCGCUCGCCGUGGUCGAACCAGUUCGACCCGCCGCUCGACGAGGCCGGGGCGGGGGGUGUCGGGGCCGACGGCAACGAGGGCGCCGGCGAAGGCGCCAUCCCCAGCGAGAGGGUGCGCAAGAUGGAGAUGAAGGCCAACGAGGCCUUCGACAUCUACCGGGACCUGUACUACGAGGGCGGAGUGAGCAGUGUGUAUUUCUGGAAUCUGGACGAUGGGUUCGCCGGCGUCGUGUUGUUGAAGAAGUCUGCUACGCCGGGCGGAACGACAGAAGGGGUAUGGGACUCGAUCCAUGUGUUUGAGGCGAUUGAGCGAGGGCGCACGACACACUACAAGCUCACGUCUACGGUGAUUUUGUCGCUCGCGACGGCGGACGGGAGCCUCGGCGACAUGGACCUCAGCGGCAACAUGACACGCCAGGUGGAGCAGGACCUGCCGGUAGAUAGUGACGACAGCCACAUCGCAAACGUGGGCCGUCUCGUGGAGGACAUGGAGCUCAAGAUGCGCAACCUGCUGCAGGAAGUCUACUUUGGCAAGGCCAAGGAUGUGGUCGGCGACUUGCGGAGCGUGGGCAGCUUGAGCGACGGGGCGCGAGAUCGCGAGGCACAGAAGGAACUCAUUGGGAGCAUGCGGAGAUGA